AAUAUAAUUUAAACAAAAACAUAGGGAAUAAAAAACAAUAUGUGGUCUAUAAUAAUUUUAGUAAUAUUCUCGAUUAUUGCUUUUCUGAUUACCGAUGAAUUGAUACCAAAUUUGAAGGAAUUGUUCAUAAAAGCUGGUUUAGGUGGCAUAGAUUUAUGUAAAACCAGCAAGCAGAAAAUCCCUGAAGCAUUGGGAGUAGUCUCGGGAUGUGUUUUCCUGGUGACAUGUUUCUUAUUCAUUCCUAUAGUUUUUGGCAAUAGCCUUAUGGACACUGCAAAUUUUCCUCAUAAUGAAUUUGCAGAAUUGUUAGCAGCCCUCCUGUCCAUAUGCUGCAUGCUGCUGCUAGGGUUCGCAGACGAUGUGUUAGACCUGCGGUGGCGCUACAAGUUACUGCUGCCGACUAUAGCAUCCCUGCCAUUGCUGGUGGUCUACUAUGUCAAUUUCAACUCCACUACAUUUAUUGUGCCAAUGCCUUUGAGGCAAUGGCUUGGAGUAUCAAUAAAUAUUGGGUUUCUCUACUACAUCUACAUGGGAAUGUUGGCAGUAUUCUGCACAAACGCCAUCAACAUCCUAGCUGGAAUCAACGGCCUGGAGGUCGGCCAGUCCGUGGUCAUCGCCAUCUCCAUCAUCAUCUUUGACAUCAUCGAGUUGAGGGGAGACCAGUACAAGGCCCACACAUUCUCACUGCAUAUCAUGAUACCUUACUUAACUACUGCACUAGCAUUGCUGAAGCACAAUUGGUACCCAUCCCGAGUGUUUGUAGGCGACACGUUUUGCUACGUCUCCGGCAUGACCUUCGCCGUCGUCGCCAUCCUGAGCCACUUCAGCAAGACAGUCAUCCUCUUCUUCAUACCACAAGUCAUCAAUUUCCUCUACUCAGUACCCCAGCUUUUCCACUUCAUACCCUGCCCCCGCCAUCGCCUCCCUAAAUACAGCGCAGAGCUAGAUUUACUACAACCUAGCAGAACUGUUAUAGUUAAAAAGGAAAUUAAAUUUUUAGACUCUUUAAUGCUUGAAAUAUUAACUUUGCUACGCUUAGUAGAUAGAAAAGAAGACAAUGAAAGCAUAACCAUAAACAAUUUGACUUUAAUAAAUUUCUUUUUAAUCAAACUUGGGCCUACGUCGGAGGUUAGAUUGACGAUAAAUUUGAUGCUCUUCCAAGUUUUGUGCACUUGCAUCGCAUUUCUAAUAAGAUAUCCGUUGGCGUCAUACUUUUAUAACACGUAAUUAGGUAAGCAUAUUUCCAUUUAGUUUUAAGGUU